AACCCUGGGCGUGGGGGCUGUGCGAAAAGCCUGGCGUGCCACACGGUCGGCCUGUCUGCGCCCGGGUCCGCCAGCCUGGGAAGUGGUUGUCCACAGCCCAGCGCAGGAGUGCCGGGCGGGAGACGGGAUUUGCCCCAGCAGGUCUUGUCUCGCUCCAGCAAAACACCAUCCACCAUUGGGCUGGGUCCAGAGACGCUGAGCCCUGUUCAAAAUCCUAGCUCUGUGGUUAAGAUUUCCAUCCAGGAAAGACCCUGAUGCUCCUUAAAACCCAGUUGCAGGAAAGCGAAGUAGAUAGUGUGAGAUAUUAAGGGUUCUUACAGCUCCUUGCUGCCCCUAGCUGAAAAGCCUCGCUGGAUGGAGGAAGGCUCAGUUUGGGCUGUGGAAAAUCGCUAGAGCCGUUUUACCUGCACUUGAAUAUAGGCACCAUGCAUAUCUUUACUCCUACAUAAAAGAGAUUAGUGAAUACUUUCAAGCUAUAGGGUUUGGGGUAGCUUGGCCAAAUAUGGAAAAAGCUAACAGAAAACAAAUCCGGGGGGGGGGGGGAGGAAAAAGGUGGGGAGAAGAAAACAAAUCCAGGGUAUCUGCUUUCUACUUGUAUUCUAGUCUACAAAUAGGUAUGCUUGUCUCAUCUUCUUAAAUACCUGCCCACCAUCCAAGGAAGAUUAUAAAAAUGUGUCUGACGGUCAUAUCUUCUUCAUUAAGCAUUAUCUUAGAGAUCAUUUCUGUGUUUUGGGAUCUGAAAGUUCCAUACUCAAAUCCAGAGCUAAGAAAAUAAUUGUUAGGAAUGAACUUGAAGGAGGUUUUGUACUUUGAAUAUGCAAAUUUUCUGCCCUUGCAAUAGCUAGAAACUCAUUGUUUAAUUGAUGUCUUUUUAAAAUACCAAAUUGUUUACUUCUUUUGUCUAGGUCUCUUUGUUAAAAUUGUUCAGAGAAAAAUAAAUAUGGCAUUCAACAGUUGUAAUUCAGUCUUAGCUAUUGUCCGUACAAGAUUCCCUAGCCAUUUUGUCCAUCCUAUCUGCUCUUAUUCCCCAUCACUUGCAUUUCUUCACUUGCCAGAUUCUCAUUUAAAUAAGACAUAUAUAAAGAACUAUAGAAGCAAGAAGUACUGUUAUCCCAGUCAGUCAGGCAAUAAAAUACUUCAUUUACGAACUAGGCCAAUACAAAAGUUACACACAUCAGCUUGCUGGCUACAACAGAACCCUGGUAAACCUCAGCUGGAGCAAACCCCAGAAAAGGCAAAGGUGAUAAGCCCUCAGACCACAGAAGAAAUUGGGAUAAAUAUUAAAGAAGGAAAGCGAUCUCUCAGACAAAAAAUUAUGGAUGAACUUAAAUAUUAUUACAACGGAUUCUAUUUACUUUGGAUUGACACCAAAAUUGCUACCAAAAUGGCUUGGAGGCUGCUUCAUGGACAGGUGCUGACCAGACGAGAGAGACGACGGCUAUUGAGAACUUGUGCCGAUUUCUUCCGUUUGGUUCCAUUUAUGGUAUUCAUAAUUGUACCUUUCAUGGAAUUCUUGAUACCAGUGUUUCUGAAACUCUUCCCAGAGAUGUUGCCAUCAACUUUUGAAAGUGAAUCCAAAAAGGAAGAAAAACAGAAAAAGAAAAUGGCUGCAAAACUGGAAGUAGCAAAAUUCCUUCAAGAAACAAUUACAGAAAUGGCAAGGAGGAACAGAGCCAAUAUGGGAGAUGCCUCUACACAGCUAUCAUCCUAUGUAAAACAGGUCCAGACAGGCCACAAACCCAGCACAAAGGAGAUAGUUCGCUUUUCCAAAUUCUUUGAGGAUCAGCUACCCCUGGAGCACUUAGAUCGACCUCAGCUUGUUGCCCUUUGUAAACUGCUAGAAUUGCAGACCUUUGGAACCAACAAUUUUCUCCGCUUUCAGCUCCUGAUGACAUUGAAGUCUAUAAAAGCAGACGAUAAAAUAAUUGCCAAAGAAGGGGUGAAGACUUUGAGUGUGUCAGAACUACAAUCUGCUUGUAGGGCCCGAGGGAUGAGAUCACUGGGUCUUACUGAGGAACAACUUCAACAACAGCUCACAGAGUGGCUGGACCUCCACCUGAAGGAGAAUGUCCCUCCUUCCCUUCUGCUCCUAUCUCGAACCUUCUACUUGAUAGAUGUGAAACCAGAGCCAAUUGAAAUACCACAAAGUGGAGAAGUUCCAAAGACAGACAAUCCUGUGGAAUCACCUACUACUUCCCCUGACUCCAAAGAGGACACGGUAGAUUCUGCACCUCAAUCGAAAGGAACUAAGGAUGAAGAAUUUACACAACUGCCAUUAAUACCAUCAUCACCCAUAACAUUAUCAACACCUAUUUCAUUACCCAUUAUUUCUUCUAAAGAAGCUACACUCCAGGCCAAAUCACACAAGACAUCCCAGAACAGCAAGGCUAAUUCAAAAGGAGCCUAAGAACUACUUGAGGAUGGAGCUCCCUCCCUCCAGCUAUCAGCCCUCAGCAGUGGCACCCAUGAAGGACCUCAGGCUAAGACAGUAUCUGGUUUGAGACAGAGGAUCAGCCAUUUAGUCCUUGGAGCAGUCCUUUGGGGCCUUGUAACCAUUCCAGAUGAUGUCAGCAGUGACACCAAGUUCAGGCCAUUUAGAGAAAUGUAAUUGCAAAGUCCAUUUCCUCUGUACCAUUAUGUCAUCCCACUAAACUGUAAAGCCCACCCCCACCACCAUGUAUUGUUUUGAACAGUUUACUAUUUGUGUGCAUGUCUUUUAAGAAAGGAAAUUGUUUUGCAUAAUGGAAUUACCUUGGCACCUUGGAUAUCUUUGCCUCCUAUGGUUUGGAGUCUGGAGUCAGAACUUGGAGACUUCAAAACCCAUUUUAAGAGCACCUAAAUCAACUUUUUCAGAAUGAUCUAUCAGUAGGAACAGAAACAAAGUACCCUAUGAGACAGGAUGGUUAUACUUCUCAGUAAGGUUUUUCUAAAUAUAAAGGGAAAGCUUCUUAGACUGGCAAUCGAGACUUGGCUACUGCUUAACUGUUCUGAGGCAUCCUCCUCCUGGGCUUGCAAAGGCUGUAGAAAUCUGGGAGGUGGCCACUAUUCUAGCACAUAUGGCUUCCAUUAGCCACCAUUUUGCUAAGAAACAUAAUUAAGGGUUUAACGCUUAACCAUUUGUGCUGGGUGAGUGUUUUUUUUGUCAGUUUGUCUCUCACAAAUAAGACUUUGUUAGUCAUAGGGGUUGGUAAAGUCCAAUACAAUCCCUAUGCUACUUAGUAACAAGUAUAAUGUUUAGUUAUUUACAUUUAGUGUUUUCACUAUUAUUAAUGGUGAAACAACUGAACAGACAGUUAUGCAGCUGACCAAGAGCUUUCUUCCUUUGGGGAAUUGAGAAGGGAAAAGAUAUUUUAGCCUGUGAGUGAUGAAAUUAGAUUACUUGCUAUGAAACAAAACAGUUAGAUGGAGUCAAUUAAACCAAGUAAAAUGCAGAUCUGCCUCACCUGAAACCAGCUAUAUGAGAAACAUCACCAGCAUUUUAUAGCAAGAGCAUGCACUUUAAAAUGCUUCCUAAACGUCUCCAUCAGAGGACAAGUCCACCCUGUCCUACCAGUUAAUUUCAGCUCCUUCAGGAUGAAGAAUCCCUACUAUGCAAUAUAGGAUUCCAUGGAUCUUGCUAUUGGCAGAGCCAAGUGAUUUCACAAUAAAUUUUCCCAUUUUUAA